AUUGCUUUUGAUGUGCAAGUGGCAAGAACCCAUUUUCUUCCUUCUCUCUGUUUCGUCAACUGUUCUCGAUCUCUCUCGAUAUUUACUUUGUUAUUACCCUUCUCUCUGUAUAAUCUCUCUUCUCAUUUGCAACAUACAAACACCAUUUUUCACCCAAAAAUUCACAUCUCUCAACAACGAUGGAGGACAUGCCGUUGCCGGCGCUGUUUGAACGAGCCCGCAAGAUCCACGCAACUGCCAUCGACUCCGGAGCCGAUCAGGAGCUUGUGAAGAAAGGGUGCGAGGCCCUUCAAAAGUGCGAGGAAAUGGUCAAUAAACUGGGUUUGUUCUCUGCCAAUGAGACCAAAGACGAUAUUAGCACCACCAAUCUCAAGUACAUUCUGGUGCCAUUUUAUCUUGCUGAAUUGACCGAAAAAAUAGCACAGGAUAAUAGGAUACAGAUUAUAGAGGCUUCCCAGGCGAAACUAAAGGAAUUCAUCUCAUUUUGUGAGGCAAUGGAGCUGGUUCCAAAAGAGGAGUUAGAAUCUUAUAAGGAAGGGGCAUCAAAAUCUGUUGCUGAUCAGAGAGCCCGAAAGAUUGCUAGAUUUAAACGCCAGAGAGCUGCAGAAUCGAAGUUGUUGGAAAUAAAGGAGCGAAAGGAACGACGUGGGCGUUCUACUAAAGCAGCUGCGCUGUCCACCCCUGUUGAGGCAGGAGAGGAAGAAGUAUUGGACGAUGAUGGGGAAGAAGAAAGAGAGGCUUGGAAUACUACCAUAUCUUUGGCAAUCUGUAAGGCAUUAGACCUGCUGGAAAUGUUAAAGAAAGAGGAGGAGAUGCUUUCUGCUGUAAAGGAUAGACAAUCUAAGGAUGGGGAUAAUGAGUUCUCUAGAGAUGUUCUUGAUGAACGUGCCAAGAAAGCAGAAACUUGGCAUCGUGAUGCUGCACUUCGUGCACAGCACACUAAACCGUCGCCACCAAUCACAUGUGCCACUUUCGCCCAAGAUGUUCUAGAAGGAAGAGCAAAGGCUUCACAAGCACACGAUCACAAACACCAACCACUAAUAUUUGGACCAGCCAGCCUUGUGAAUGGAAGCUUAACAACUGAGAGAGAAAGAAUGGCUGCUCAGGUCUUCCAACCUAGUCAUAGGUUGCCAACUAUGAGCAUUGAGGAAGCUGGGCUAAAAGAAAUGGAAAUAAUGAAUAAAUGGCAAGAGAGAAAUGUCAGACUCAUGGAAGAAGCCAAUUCAUCCUGGUACAAAGAUAGUAAAUCAAAACCAGGAGAAGACGAUGAUGAAGAUGAUGAUGCUGCACAGGAGAAAGCAAGAGCUUGGGAUGACUGGAAGGAUGAGAAUCCACGGGGUGCAGGAAAUAAGAAACUUACCCCUUGUGGGUAAAUGGAGUUCUUCCCUGCCCUAGGACUAAUGGGCUUGGGAUAAAUUUCUGAUUGUAACCGAAUAACGUAAUUUAUAGUUUUGAUAUACUUGUAGUUAGUCUGUGUUAAGAUUUUAUGUAUCCCAGGAUCUUCAUUUGAUUACAUGUGUAUAUUCUUGGAGUGCAAGUAGGGUCCUAUCCCCCCCUCCUCUUCUAUUUUCCGUUUUGCAUGUUCUUUCUUUC